UUUCUCUGAUUUUUACUGAAAAUAUUGAUCAAAUUCGUAUUAUUAUAAAAUUUAUAUAUAAGUAUACUAAUAUAUCUGAAUUAAUCGGUUUCUUUUGUUUAUUCGUUUUGAUCCCUUAAUAUAUUGAACCAUAUUCAUAUACUGAUGUUUUCUAAACAUAACAUCCUCGGUAAUUCCAGAUCUAGACUAUUUUCUCUAUUUCGGUUUGGUUCGGUUUUGAAUGGUUUGGUUUUACCAGAUUGAAAACUCCUAAACUAUUGUUAUUUGUUAAUGUUUUAUAUUUGUGAUUUUUUUAUAAUCUUUAUAGUACCACAUGAUUUCUUUUCAGUCCAAAUACAAUAUGUGUUAAUUUCACAUACAAAAUUGUUUAAUUUAGUUAUUACUAUAAAAUGAUUUUCAUCCAAAAUCUACAUCACAUAAAUAAAAAUAUGAAACAAAAUAAUACAAUUUAAUAAAUUGAUUACCAAUAUGAAUAUUGAAAUUUUAUAAUUUAUAAUAAAUUAAAUUUGUAUCUAAUUUAAUAAUUAUUAUUUUAUCAAAAAAAUAGAAUCAAAAAUUGUUAGAUGUAUAAAUAUAUUAAUCCGCACAAGAUACGGGACAUCAACUAGUUAAUAAAUAUUUAUAAAUGUUAAUGACUGCAUGACCGGGCAAAACAUCUAGCGUUAAAAUAUUACGGAACAAAGCUAUAACAAACAUGUGACGUUAAAAAAAAAGCUAUAACAAACACGUAUCUCCUAUUAUAUCAUUAUUUGUCAUUGCUAUAUUUAUCAUCUUUAAAUUGUUCGGCUUCUAACCACACACAAAAAAAGAACUGUAUGCAAGCGCUAAAAAAUUUAGUUACCAGUCGAACCCAACUAAUAAAUCCGAAUGGACACACUUUCCACUUUUUCAUUAAAAAAUAAAAAAAAUAAAAGAAAACUAAAAGAAUUGAUCUCUCUUUUUGUAUAUAAAGAGGAAGCAAACAAAGAGAGCAAAAAUGGCCGGCAUCUUCUAAUAAUUAUCUGUACAUAUAUAUGAGUAUGAUGAGAAGGCAGAUGUAAUCUAUGAUGAUGAUGGUAACGGGGAGAAGGUGUGAAGACUGUGGGAAUCAAGCUAAGAAAGAGUGUGUGUAUAUGAGAUGCAGAACUUGCUGCAAAGCCAAAGCCUUUCAUUGCCAAACUCACAUCAAGAGCACUUGGGUUCCUGCCUAUAGAAGAUCCCACAAACACCAAUCGCAAACGCCGCCGCAACCACAGCAGCAACCGCUCUCUAUUACAAACCCUAAACGUCUCAUAGAACAGCACCCAACUUCUUCCCCUUCAUCAUCAGGUGUAAGAAUCGGAACUAGUACGGGACAUUUUCCUGCGGAGUUGAGUUCUGUAGCGGAUUUCCGUUGCGUAAAAGUGAGUUCAAUCGAUGAUGGAAAAGAACAAUACGCUUAUCAGACGACGGUGAACAUUGGAGGACACGUUUUCAGAGGCAUUCUUCACGAUCAGGGCCUCGAAAAAGUGGUGUUAGAUCAUCAACCUGCUCAUCAUGAUCAAGCUUUACUUCUCCCGUCAUCUUCACGUCCCUUGAUGAUAACUAGUCAUUUUACCGAUUUCAUGUCCGGCACCCACACCAAAAGUCUUCAUUGACAAUAAUUUCGUAAAAUCACUGUAAAUUGACUAAUUUUUUUUUUGAUACAAAUUAAGUUCUUGUAAUCUUUGUCAUCUUAUGAAAUGGUUAUAACGUUGUUACUCCAAGCUAGGGCGAUCAUCAUGGUUGGUAUAUAUGUAGCAUAAUAAUAAUAAUGUCUAUCGCUAUUCUUUUGUAUCUAGAACGUAUGAAUCUAACUAUCUAAUUAAAAAAAAAUCUAGGAUCUAGUUACCAAAAAGUUAAAGAUAUAACUUGUUGUAAUAGAUAUACAAAGAUAAGUGAAAGUUAUAAAUAACGAAGGAAAAAGACAAAACAUUUAACAUGAUUUGCCAAUUAGCUAUCUACGUCUAUGGGAUAGAGAAACAAAUUAUUAGUGGAAACUGUACUAAGGUUAUAUGAAUACAAAAAUAUACAUAUGAAGAUUAAUGGUCUGAAAUAGCCCUUGGCAAAAAAAAAAACGGAACCGAAAAAGCCGAACCAGAACCGAACCAUAUUAUCUGAAAUCAAAACCAGACCAAAACCCUUAAAUAUCCUAACAGUUUCUAUAUUUCUAUAUCCGAAUAACCGGAACCGAACUGAAACCAACUCGAACGGAUAUCCAAAUAUCCAAAAAAACAAGUUUCAGUUUUUUUUUAUAUAAGAUAAAAUAUCAUCAACUCACUCAAAUCAAGGUUAGACAGGAAAAAUCAGAACAUUAUUACCACUGGACGACAUUAUCUUUAUGUACUCUCUUAUAUUAUACACAUAUAUAUACUUUUAUAUUAAAUUACAGUAAAUACUUAUAAAAAUAACACUUUAAUAACUCGAACUCUUAUUGGAUUGACAAAUAUAUAAGUGCGUAACCAAUAGAUCACUUAGAUUAACAUGUUAACUAAUAUUAUAUAUAUAUAUAUAAUAUUUGUUUAUAUAUUAAACUGAUACCAAAAAUCGAACUGAAAUCGAAUCAAAACCGAACCAAAAUUUCAUAAAUGUCUAUUUGGUAUAAGAAUGGUUUAUCUGAUAUACCCGGAACCAAAUGGUUCCUACCCGAAACCAAAAUGCCCACGGCCAGUCUGAAAUCCUAAAAGGCUAAAACUAAUGAAUUCGCUGAGUUUAAAAAAGACUAAAUCGAAACUACAAUCUAUAUAGGUUAUUUGUUGUAGUGAAAA